GAACAGCGCACCAGAAGCCAAGCAUUCAGCAGUUUGUACAUACUGGAUAGCACGUUAAUCCUUUGAUUAUACCUAGACGUACUUUCUGAGGUACUUUUAAAUAACUGCCUUUCAGGAUGGCUGAGGCAUUUGCAGGAACAUGGGCUUUAGUAAGCAGUGAGAACUUUGAUGAGUACAUGAAGGAGGUUGGUGUGGGCUUUGCUACCAGACAGAUAGCCAGCGUACUCAAACCCACCACUAUCAUUACUGUCGAUGGCAAAAGAGUCACAAUAAAAACACAAAGCACUUUCAAGAACACAGAGCAGACUUUCACACUUGAUGAGGAGUUUGAUGAGAAAACGGCUGAUGACAGAAACGUCAAGUCCAUCGUUAAGAUAAUAGACAGUAAGCUUGUUCAUGUUCAGAAGUGGGAUGGAAAGGAGACCACGCUAACCAGAGAGCUGAAGGAUGGCAAGUUGCAUUUAACUCUCGUCAUGGGCAAUGUAGUUUGCAACCGUGUCUAUGAAAAGCAUUAGCCAACAAUCUUCAUUCCAGAGCUCCAUAUCAGUGUUUUUUUCUGUAUGUUCUCCUGUUAUUUAAUGCUUUACAAGUGAACCACACAGCAAAGCAUGAAAUUUAAUUUCACAUAAUACACUUGGCUGAAUGACCACUUGUGUUUUUUUUCUUGUUUUUGUAAAAUAUUUUCAACUGUUGCUCUUUGUGAAAUAAAAUAGUUCUUAUGGGGAUCUCA